CAUAAUCAUCGAGCCACCUUCAACUCUGGGCAAGAAUAGGCGCAAUCCCCAACAUGGCCAGUCAUGGUGUCCCGCGAGUAGCAGAGACAACGCAGAGAACAGAAGCACAGCGCCUGGAGGAAGAGCGCCAGAUCCGAGAAUACAGGGACUUGGAAGACCUGAUCACGACGAAGAUCGCAGAGCGUCAAUACACCCUCGAAGUCCUUGAACUCACCUCUAAGCUCCUCAAGAAGAACCCCGAAUAUUACACAAUAUGGAACGUCCGGAGACGUUUGCUAAUCUAUGGCUUAUUCUCCAAACCAUCGGUUUCAUCCUCGCACUCGACGGAGUCGCUGAAUACUUCUCUGAUCGACACUACCAAGGCCUCUUCCGAAAAUUCCUCCUUCUCUACUACCACUUCGUCCGCGGCCUCGACCACGAUCCCGCAGAACCCCGUCUCCCCGAAUCAUGGGAGGAAUGGUACAACUCUUGACCUGAUAAAAGCAGACCUCGAAUUUAUGUUCCCUAUAAUGAUGAAAUAUCCGAAAUGUUAUUGGCUAUGGAAUUAUCGAUUGUGGCUUUUGCAAGAAGCAAACGAGCGGCUAGAGCCUGAAGUAGCACGGGAACUUUGGAAAAGGGAGCUUACAUUAGUGGGGAAGAUGUUAGUGAAGGACAGCCGAAAUUUCCAUGGAUGGGGUUACAGAGGAAGGGUUGUGUCUGAGUUAGAGAGUCCCAGGCUGGGUGGGCAGAGCAUGGUGGAAUCGGAGUUCGAAUAUACCACAAAGAUGAUCCACGGCGACAAAGGUCUCUCGAACUUUUCAGCAUGGCAUAGACGGAGCAAACUGAUACCGCGACUUCUUGGUGAACGCAGCGCCAAUGAUGAAGCAAGACGGCAGUUUUUAGACGAUGAAUUUGAGCUCAUCAUCGCCGCCAUGUACACUGAUUCGUACCCAUACCAGCAGUCUGCAUGGUUCUACUACCAAUUCCUCAUGACGACUGUCACCGAAUAUGUUGGUCACGCCACCAUUACCCCAAACUUCACUCCAGAAGACCGUGCCGAAUACGUUACUCGACAACUUGUUAUUCUCAAAGAUAUGUUGGAUGGUGCAGAGGAUUGCAAGUGGAUUUACAAUGCUCUGAUCGAUUAUACGAUGGCACUCUGUCGGAUAGAAGAGCGAGCACCGGAAUUAGAUGAGAGGCAGGAUUGCACAGCAUGGCUGGCAGAGCUGAGAAAGCUUGACCCGGAUAGAAGCGGUCGAUGGGGUGAUCUCGAGAACUCACCCAGGCAAUAAUUCCUGCGCCGGAAAUAAAUUCAUAAAUCUGCAGCAACUCCUCUGAUUGCCCC